AUGGCUUGGGGGCCCCCCAAGCAUGUGGUGAAGCUGCAUAGGCCUUCAACUGCAGCAGCAGCAGCAGCAGCAGCACCAGAGGCAGCACCAGCAGCAGCAGCAGCAGAUGCAGAUGCAGCAGCAGCAACCACACCACCAAUAGCAACAGCAACAGGAGAUACAGCAGCAGCAGCAGCAGCAGCAGAUGCAGAUGCAGCAGCAGCAGCUCGUCGAUCUACCCUUCCGCAUGCAGCCUCGGCGGGGCCCGAGGGGGGCCCCCCGCGUUGGUGUGGGGUCUUUUUGCAGCCAAUGGACGUCGACUGUCUCCUUAGAGAGACAGAAAAGAUAAAGGAGACACUCGUCAGGAGGGGGGCCCCCCAAGAGGUACAGGAGGCCCUGGAGGCCCUACCGGGGCUGGUGAUGCGCCUGCGGCGUGCUGCUGGAGAGGAGAUAGAAUUGAUGAGGAGACGCAAAGAGGCAGCAAGAGUGCAGCAGCAGCAAAAGCAGCAGCAGCAGCAGCAGCAGCAGCAGGAGCAGCAACAACAGCAGCAGCAACAGCAGCAGCAGGAGCAGCAACAGCAACAGCAGCAGCAGCAGCAGCAGCUGCCGCAGCAGCAGCAGCAGCAGCAACCGCAGCAGCAGCAGCAGCAGCAACCGCAGCAGCAGCAGCAGCAGAAACCGCAGCAGCAGCAGCAGCAGCAGCAGCAAAGCAAUUUGUCUUCUGAGGUGGAAACAGCACCAGAGGUGCGGCAACCAAAAAAGGAGACAGUUAUAUAA